AGUGGCGCAAAAGAAAAACACAGCACAUAUUAUCCAAUCCAUCCAGUGUAAAAGUACCUGUGCGUAACGAUGGACACUCUACUAAUGGCGACAUCAUAUCUACCGGAUUUCAGAUAUACUCUGCUGGCAAUAAUCUUCACCACGUUGAUCGCCUUACAUUACUACAUCGAGACCAGGCAUGCUGAGCUCCUUUCAUUGAAGUUAUCACAUCCACAACGUGUACCCAUUAUUGGACAUGCAUUACUCUAUCGAGAAUUUAAUCCUGAAGAUUUAAUAAUUACAGCCAGUAAAUAUUUCGCUAAAUACGGUCCGGUAAUGCCAUUGCAUUUAAAAACACAAGUUGAUGUCUUCCUAACAGAGGCGCAAGAAAUAAAUAUAAUUUAUGCAACUCUGAGCACAUCGAUAAACCCAUGGAGUACAGCUUCUUCAUAUUGAAAAGCACCGGUAUUACUCCCGAGUCUAUUUACACCUAAAUUCACACUCAUCAUAUAGAUUCCUUAAGCCGUGGCUCGGAGAUAGUAUAUUAAUCAAUAACGGCGCCAUAUGGCUAAAAUACAGCAAAACGAUAUUGGUCACGUUUUACAUGCAAAUAUUAAUGACAUAUGGGCCUGUAUUUUAUGAGAACACCCAGGAUCUGGUGAGGUGACUUGGCGAUGAAAUCAACCAACUCAAUCAAUUGUUCAUAUACUCGAAAUAUUGCAAAAUGCAACAGAAGACGAUUGAUACCGUUCAAUCGCUGCUGAAGUUAAUGAUCCAAGAGAAAAAGAAGGACAUCGAAGAAAAGUAGAAGAAUAACAUGCAUAACAUCGAGGUGGAGCAUUCAACCAAGAACACGAAAGACGACAUAAACACAAGAAAUGCAACUUUCUGUUGCAUUUUGCAAUAUUUCGAGAAUUUGAACAAUUGAUCCCAUUGUAAAAACGAGUUAAAGUGCCGUCUGUGCGAUCUCGCCCAGUCUGACAUUUAAAUAUAAAUUAAUAUUAUAUAAAUAUUAAAUAAGCUAUUUCAAAACAACAACGUCAGAAACGCUGACUUCUUAACGGCCAUUGCAUAGUCAAAUCCGAUGUGUUGAACCUUCUCUCUGCUAACACCCAAUGCUGUUUCCACUAGCAUGUUAA